UCUAAUAACAUUGUCAUGGAAUACCUUUUUCUUUUCAAAGAGACAGCCACAGAAGUUGUCACUGAUACAAUACCAAUGAAGAUCAAGAGAAAGUCAGCUGAAGAUGAACCCUCACCAAUUCAGUUUAAGAAACGUGCAUCUGAAAAUAUUGCAGCCCAGUUACAAAGAAACAUAUCGGACAGUGUGCAUUCAGUAAUCAAGAACCAAAGGACACUGCUGGAAAGAUUUUACAAACAAGAAGAAAAUCAGGAUACCAGUAGAAUACAGCUGAAUAAUGUCCUCCCUGCUGUGGAACAGGCGCCCCCGGCCGCCGUCGCUCCCUUCGCUGCCAUGGCUCCUAUACGUUCAGAACUUAAACUUGGCAAAAAGAUAAACGAGGGAAAAACAAAAGAGGUUUAUGAAUUGCCAAAUCUCCCUGGAUGUGUUCUGCUUCAAUCAAAAGACCAGAUAACCGCUGGAAAUGCAGCUAGAAAAGAUAUCAUGGAAGGGAAGGCUGCAAUCUCAAAUACUACUACAAGCUGUGUGUUUCAGUUGCUUCAGGAAGCUGGAAUCAAAACUGCUUUUGUGAGAAAACAUAGUGACACAGCGUUUGUAGCUGCUCACUGUGAAAUGAUUCCAAUUGAGUGGGUUUGUAGAAGAAUUGCUACAGGUUCAUUUCUGAAAAGAAACCCAGGUGUCGAAGAAGGCUACAGAUUUUACCCACCUAAAAUCGAAAUGUUUUACAAGGAUGAUGCCGCUAAUGAUCCACAGUGGUCAGAAGAACAACUCAUUGAAGUCAAGUUCUGUUUUGCUGGCCUUGAAAUUGGGCGGACUGAAGUUGAUAUUAUGGCCCAGUCUACUCGAGCUAUCUUUGAAAUACUUGAAAAAGCAUGGCAACCCCAGAAUUGCACAUUAGUGGACUUGAAGGUUGAGUUUGGUGUUAAUGUAGCUACAAAAGAGAUUGUUCUUGCGGAUGUCAUUGAUAAUGACUCUUGGAGAUUAUGGCCAUCUGGAGACAGAAAACAACAGAAGGAUAAACAGUCUUACCGUGAUCUCAAAGAAGUGACCGCUGAAGCACUGCAGAUGGUGAAGAGAAACUUUGAAUGGGUGGCUGAAAGAGUGGAGCUGUUGCUAAAACCUCAGAGCCAAGAAAGAGUGGUUGUGCUCAUGGGCUCUACUUCAGAUCUUGGUCACUGUGAGAAGAUCAAAAAGGCCUGUUGUGACUUUGGUAUUCCUUGUGAAUUAAGAGUGACAUCUGCUCACAAAGGACCAGAUGAGACACUAAGGAUCAAAGCUGAAUAUGAAGGUGAUGGCAUUCCUACAGUGUUCGUAGCAGUGGCCGGGAGAAGCAAUGGGUUGGGACCCGUUAUGUCUGGAAACACUGCAUAUCCUGUGGUCAACUGUCCUCCACUCUCAGCAGAUUGGGGUUCUCAGGAUAUUUGGUCAUCUCUGAGGUUGCCCAGUGGUCUUGGCUGUCCUACAAUUCUGUCCCCUGAAGGUGCUGCACAGUUUGCUGCUCAGAUUUUUGGGCUCAGUAAUCACUUGAUCUGGGCCAAGCUGCGUUCAAACAUGUUGAAUACUUGGAUCGCCCUGAAGCAGGCUGACAAAAAGAUGAGAGAAUACAUUUCAUAGGCGAUUUCCUCAACCACAUUGCACUGCUGGCAAAUCAUUUUUAAGGUAAAACCUCUGACCUACUGGGAAGUUCUUCUACGGUUCUUUUGUCAUAAAGAUGAACAAAGAGACGAGUGUAGGUGAAAGUUUUGUUUCAGUAAUGGAAGACUUAAGCUGUAAGAAAAAAGUAAAAGUUAGCAAAAAGGAAUUUCAUGUAGAAUAGUUUUUACUGAUCUCUUUUAAUGGAACAGAAUUGGUUUGCUCUUAGUUUGUAAUCCCAUAGACAGUGUGUCAACCUGAUGAUUCUCUUCCAAUGUUAAUACUUUUCAAUCCACACCUUGCAUCACUAGGAAUAAUAGAUUUUUAACUAGUUUUCCAUUAACAACCCUGUUCUGAAAUGUAAUUUUGAAUGGUAUCAACAUGCAUUAGACAAGAUAUAUUUUGAAAUUUUAUGAUUACACUUUAUUGAUAAACAAAACUUUCUGUUAUAAACAAUUGCUGUUUAUAUAGUGGCAGUUGAAAAGUAAUUUAGAGAAAGUGUUUCCUUGUAUGUAUUGACAGGAUAGGUAACACAAAGUAAGUCAUUGUACCUGGGAAUAAACAGAUCUGACCGGUA